UUAACAAUUUAUCGGAUAACCAGAGUAAAAUGGUGUUCAAAACGGCAUUGUUGAUUUUCGCUGCUGCAGUUGUAAAUGCUAGCAAUGAUAAUCUAAUAGCUGUUGUGCAGGUGUUCAGACAUGGCCAACGAACACCUGGUACGUUAUUUCCAACAGACCCAUAUGCUGAUAAAGAUGUUUAUUGGGCAGGAUUAGAAUCUGGGCAAUUAACAAAUGAAGGCAAACGGCAACAUUACGCUCUAGGGCAAUUUUCUAGAAAAAGAUACGCCGACUGGUUACCUGCAUCAUACAACAAAAAAGACAUCUACGCCCAAACCACCGAUGUGGAUAGAACUCACAUGUCAGGUCAAGCGAAUUUGUACGGGCUCUAUCCAGCUACUGGUACCCAAGUAUGGCGCAAAAAUGUUAACUGGCAACCGAUACCUUUACAUCCAGCUAACCCCAAAGUCUUUGCUACGAUGCCUGAAGAUUGCCCAAACUACAUGACUCUCUGGGGCCAGGUCAGUUCCACGCAAGAAUACACUGACCUCGACAAGACCUACGCCAGUUUAUACCGGUACAUUUCUGAAAACACCAACGUACCUAACAUCUCACUAAGGGACGUUUACUCGUUGUGGGACUCCCUUUAUAUCGAACAACAAGUUGGUUAUAGUUUACCAUCCUGGACGUACUCCAUUUUUCCGGAACCAAGCCAAUCGCUAGCGGCUAAAUUUUUCGAAUCGUUAAGCUACUAUCCGGUGCAAAAACAAACAUCUGUGGGAUUGUUCUACAACAAAACCUUGGAUUAUUUCGACCAAAUGAUCGCCGAUCCGACAUCAGCGCCUAAAUAUCAAAUCUACAGCGGACACGACAGUAAUGUGUUCGCCAUUUUGAACACAGUGGGCAACAAACCAUCCGCACCGGUCCCAUUUGCCGUGUCCCUUUGGUUCGAAUUGAGGCGAGUGAACUUCGUGAACGUUGUGAAUUUGUGGUUGAAGAGCGGCGAACAAUUCACCAAGUUGAGUAUUAGAGGAUGCGCCUUGGAUUGUCCUCUAGCCGAAGUGAAGAAGCUCCUCAGCGAUGUCACGAUCGACGAAGCAACAUACGACAGAAUAUGCAAUGAGUGAUGUACGAUUAAAUAGAGUAU